CCUGCACCGCAGCUCCCGGUCACCGUGGGGCUCUCGGAGCCGCUCGGUGCCGUGGCUGCUUUCUGGGGGGCUCUGCGGGUUGGGGACGGCGCCCAUUGGACACAAGCGUGCCACCAAUAGGAACCCGCUCCCCGAUGUCAGUGGGACCCCAUCGUGCCACCAAAAGGGGACUCUCCGAAACCAGUGGGAUCCAAGGUAGACCCGAUCUCCAGUGCCAGUAGGACCCAGUCACACCACCAAUGGGGACCCGAUUCCCAGUGCCAGUGGGACCCAAUCAUAGCACCGAGGGUGACCCGCUCCCUAGUACCAAUGAGAAGCUGUUUCUGGUGCCAGUAGGACCCAGUCACGCCACCAACGGGACCCUCUCCGCAGCUCCCAGCCCAUCCCGGCAUCAGGCACGCAGCCAGCCUGCACCAGGCAGCACGUGGUGCCGUUCCGCCCGGGCUCGGUGCGCUUCGGGGCCCCGAGGCGUCCCGGCACAGACCGGCAGAGCCGGUGGAACACGCAGCGGGGCGGGGACGGAGCUGGCAGAGCCCCCGAGCAUCCCGCAGGGCUCACGGGUGCUUUGUGGGGUCGGUGCUGGGAGCCCCUUCUCCUCCAGCAGCCGAAGCUGGAGCUGAACCCAACCGAGCCACGGGGUGAACUUUAACUCUUUGGCACGCUGGAGGGGAAGCGGCACAUCCUGCUGCACCUGUGCACGGGAGGACUUUGCCUGCUAGGUGUUGUGUCCCGGAGCCGCGCUGGCGUCCCCUCUGCCCUCCUUGGACACGAACCAGGGCUGAGAUCGUGCCCCGGAUCACGGUGGCCCCUGCUCUUUGACCAUAAGCUGUAGGGAGCAGAGGGAUGGGCAGGUGGGAUCAGGGUGUCCCUCUGGGAGCGUUUCCCUGGCCCCGUGAUCUCCAAUUGGAGAGGGGCUGGGUGUGCUGCUGCUAUUUACAGGGAGGGCUUUUGCUGACGGGCACUUAUAUAAACGCUUCCGCUCUGAGCACGAUCCCAGGGUCUGUGCGUGUCCCCAUCCCCGUGUGUUUAUGGCCCACGUGUGGGGUGGAAGGAGCUCGAGGAGCUCUGUGGGGCCAUGCGUGGGGCGAGGGAGGAGGGAAACCAACGGGGUUUUGUACCGUGACCAUAAGUGCCCUACAGCGCCCUCACCUACCGUGGGUUUGCCACUGUCCCUGGGUGCCCCCUCAUCCCUGUGCCCUCACUGGUGACACGGUUGGGUCCCGCUGACACCGCAGAGAAGGUCCCCAUUAAUGUACGUGCUCUGCCCUGUGGGGUCCCCCAGAGCAAUGCGGUGGGGGCAGCGUCCCAGGGCCGGGGGUGCUCCGUGGGAUACAAACACCCAGCGAGGCUGCGGCUGUCCCGAGCUGGGCCCCCCUCCAUGCACGGGGGGGUGUGGGGUGCCGGCAUCUCUGUGGGACGUCGGGACGUGCAGUGAAGGAGUUAACGCCGCCUGACCUGGAGUAACCCUCGGCUGGGUGCCCGCGAGUGACCCGCUGUGCUCACCUUGGGGCUGCCUGGGGGCGGCCGGCGGGCGCGCGGGCAGCGAUUGGCGGAGUCGCAUCACCCCACGGCCGGCUCUGCUCCAGGCCUGGCGCGGGCGGCAGCGGGGAGGAGGCGAGAAAAAUGGUUUGAAAAUAGCCUGCCGCCUUCGGCACACGGCUGAGCCGCCGCCAUGGGGGAUCUCAUGGGCUGCGUGCUGCCAGAUAGCCCCGCUCCUCCUCCUGCUCUCCCCGACAUGCUGCAGCUGAUCAACACACCGGACAAUGACUUUUCGGGGCUGUUCGAUGUGCCGUUUUCUGCCCCUGACAGCACAGUGUCCCCGGGGCUCCCCCCAGCCCCCACCAGUUACCUGGGGCCCAGCAAGCCAUCACCCACUGGCAAUGUGUUCCCAGCCCCCCCCGUGCUGUCAACGUUCACCCCACAGUCCCCCACCCCACUCCUACCAGCCCCCGGACCUCCAGCAGCACCGGGGGUGAAGGAGGAACCUGUGGCCGUGCCCAGCAGCCAGCCCCAGCCCAGCGUAAUGCUGGCCUCCAGCUUCGUUCCCGCAUCCCCUGGGCAGUUCAGCUCCCAGCCCAUGGUGGGCUUCCAGAGCCAGCACAGCUUCCCUGCUGUGCAGCCUGGGGGGGCUGCGCAGAGCCCCCUGCCCACCCCACAGCCAGCCCAGCCAGUGGCACUGCCUGGCCCCGUGCAGAGCGUGGCACCGCAGCAGCUCCUGGCACCCGGCCCCGCUGCCACCACCCAGCCCGUGUCACCCCAGAUCCAGCCAGUGCCGGUGCUGCUGCAGCCCCACUUCAUCAAGGCAGAUUCCCUGCUGCUGACAGCUGUCAAGACAGAUGCUGGCAGUGCCAAGACUUCCUCCAUCACCUCUUUGGCCACCAGCAGCACCGCGGCUCCACUGCAGGUGCCGGCUCUGGUGAGUGGGGGCACCAUCCUGGCCACGGUGCCGCUGGUGGUGGACGCUGAGAAGCUGCCCAUCAACCGGCUGGCGCCCAGCGGGAAGGCAGCGCUGCUGCAGAGCAAAGGGGAGAAGAGGACGGCGCACAACGCCAUCGAGAAGCGCUACCGCUCCUCCAUCAACGACAAGAUCGUGGAGCUGAAGGACCUGGUGGUGGGCACCGAGGCCAAGCUCAACAAGUCGGCGAUCCUGAGGAAGGCCAUCGAGUACAUCCGCUUCCUGCAGCAGAGCAACCAGAAGCUGAAGCAGGAGAACCUCAGCCUGAAGAUGGCCAUGCAGAAAAGCAAGUCCCUCAAGGACCUGGUGGCCUCCUGCGGUGCCGGCCCCAAGGCGGAGGCGCCCAUGGAGGUGGCGAAGGCGGAGGUGAUGGAGAUGCUGACCCCGCCGCCCUCGGAUGUGGGCUCCCCAUCCCGCGGCAGCCCGCUCUCGCUCAGCGGGGGCAGCAGCAACAGCAGCAGUGACUCGGAGCCUGACAGCCCCCUCUGCAACCACAGCAAGGUGAAGCAGGAGCAUCCACCACCCUCACCUGGCAGUCAGGGCAUGCUGGACCGCUCCCGAAUGGCCCUCUGUGCCUUCGUCUUCCUCUGCCUCUCCUUUAACCCCCUGGCCUCUCUGCUCCGUGGCUCCAGUACUCCGGCACCAUCUGGGAACCUGGGUACUGCUGGUCCUGGAAGAAGCAUCAUGGCUGAGUCUGGCACUGCAGAGGAGCCGUGGGGAUGGUCGCAGUGGCUGUGGCCCACGCUGGUGUUCUGGGGGCUGAACGUGGCUCUGGUGCUGGGAGCGGUGGUGCGGCUCUUUGUCUAUGGGGAGCCGGUCACCCCUCCGCACUCCGAAUCCUCUGUCCUCUUCUGGCGGCACCGUCGGCAGGCAGACCUGGACCUGGACCGGGGGGAUUUCGCACAGGGCGCCCAGCACCUCCGCACGGCGCUGGGGGCCCUGGGCCGCCCGCUGCCCGCCUCCCACGGGGACCUGGCCUGCAGCCUGCUGUGGAGCCUGCUCCGCCACCUGCUCCAGCGCCUCUGGGUGGGCCGCUGGCUGGCUGCCCGCGCUGGGGGGCUGCGCCCAGAUCCCCCGCCCCGCGCCCACGUCCGACAGAGCGCCCGCAACGCAGCCAUGGCCUACCACCGCCUGCACCAGCUGCACCUGGCUGGGAAGCAGGCUGGGGGGCACCUGCUGGCCAUCAACCUGGCACUCAGUGCCGUCAACUUGGCUGAGUGCGCCGGUGACGCCGUCUCGGUGGCUGCGCUGGCUGAGAUCUACGUGGCGGCCGCGCUGCGCAUCAAGGCCAGCCUGCAUCGCUGCUUCCAUUUCCUGGCUCGCCCCUUCCUCUGCAGUGCCCGCCGUGUGGCCCUGUCCCAUGGUGGGGCUGUGCCCCCCGCCAUGCAGUGGCUCUGCCACCCGUUGGGUCACCGCUUCUUCGUGGACGGGGACUGGGCCGUCAAGGGCGUCCCGAGAGAAACCAUCUACAGCUCCGCCGGUGACCCAGUGGACCCGUUGGCGCAGGUGACCCAGCUCUUCCGUGAGCACCUCCUGGAGAAGGCGCUGUACUGCGUGGCCGUGCCCGAACCUGGCCGUCCUGCUGCCCAGGGAGAGGGGCGCUUUUCGGAUGCGCUGGAGUACCUUCAGCUGCUCAAUGGCUGCUCCCAUGCCAGCAGCAUGCCCGGCCCCACACCUUCCAUCAGCUCUGGCCUGGCGGCAGUGACAGGUGAGGCCAACAUCCCACACCUCGGGGGCUUCCCCCUCAGAACCUGCUCCAUCCCGUUGGGUUGGAUGGUCUUCAGAAGUCCCUUCCAACAAACCCGUAAGGUUCUGUGCUUCUGUCCCUCCCAUCCCACAGGCACCGACCCUGUGUCCAAGUGGUGGGCGUCUCUCAUCAGCACGGUCAUUCACUGGCUGAAGGGUGAUGAGGAGGGGGCUGAGCGGCUCUACCCGCUGGUGGAAGCCAUGCCCCGGGCACUGCAGAGCUCUGAGAAGCCCCUUCCUCGUGCUGCACUGCACUCCUUCAAGGCGGUCCGGGCCAUGCUGAACAAACAGGACGGCAGCCAGGCCAGCCUGAACCACUGUGAGAAGGCCAGCAGCUGCCUGCGGGAGAGCCUGGAGCUCUGCAGCCCCCCCAAGUGCACCAUCGACAAGGCGGUGCAGCUUCUACUGUGCGACCUGCUCCUGGUCACCCGCACCAACCUGUGGCAGCAGCAGAUGAGUGCCAGCCAGCAGCUGCGUGGCACCUACCAGGCAUCUGCUCUGGAGCUCCGCGGCUUCCAGCAGGACCUCAGCAGCCUGCGGCGCCUGGCACAGACCCUGCGGCCUGCCAUGCGAAGGGUGUUCCUGCAUGAAGCCACCGCCAGGCUGAUGGCCCGUGCCAGUCCCACUCGCACCCACCAGCUGCUGGACCGCAGCCUGCGGAGGAGAGGGGUGCAGGGCAGCAAGGCAGCCGGCGAGCCGGAGAGCCACCCCACGCCGCGGGAGCACGCCGAAGCACUGCUGCUGGCCUGCUGCUACCUGCCCCCCAGCUUCCUCUCGGCCCCUGGGCAGCGUGUGGGGAUGUUGGCUGAGGCCGCCCGUACGCUGGAGAAGCUGGGGGACAGGCGGACGCUGCACGACUGCCAGCAGAUGAUCAUCAAGCUGGGCAGCGGCACCACCGUCACCUCGGGUUAGCGGGGGGAUGUGGGCACGUGCCACCUGCCCCCCCCUCGUGCCAUACGCGUGGUGGGGACGCGCGUGUCUCAGUGUCCCCCUCUCUAUGAGAUGGUGUCAGGGUGCAGUUCUUAAGGUGACGGAUGGGAGCGGCGGGGUGACGUCCCGUGUCGCCAUCCGCUGUGGGUGUUGGGGGCACAUCCCAGCGUGGGCACCCUGCUGGCUGUCCCGGUGGCCGGCGCAGUUGGGUGACGGGACGUGGGGACCUCUAGUGACAUUGUCACAGUAUUGCACGGCACUGGGGUUCCUCCUCCCAGUGCCCGCCACCCCCCUGCAAAACCCCAGCGUAAGGCUGGGGCCUUCCUCACCCCGGUCUGCUGCGUGUCCCUGCUCCUCCCCGUGGGUCCCACAGCACCGGGUUGGGGGGGAGGACGCACCUCAGCACUGUCCCCACUAGGGGAGAGCGGGACGGUUUGCCCCGCGGUGGCAGCUAAGAUGGCACCAUAAGGUGCCCGUGGUAGGAAAGAGGGGCCCCCCCUGCCCUCCCCCAGCACUGCCCCUUCCCCCCAUUAGGAGCUGUGCCCCCCCUGCAGCCCCAACCCCACACGCUUUGGGAGAAGGGGUGGCUCUGGGUUGGGAUGUGGACUGGUGGGUGCCCCCAUCCCCUUGCUGUGCCCCUACUUUGUAUAUAGCUCCCUGCUGUGCCCCACUUCACCCUUAUCCCCCACCCACUUCCCCCUUGCCUUUUUAAACGGUAUUUUCAUAGUUGCAGAGUUUUGUACAGUGAAUUAAAGCCAAUUAUUUAUACUGUCGUGUGCUGGACUGGGGGUGCAGGGUCUGACACACGGAGGGGGGCACAGAGCAUAACCUAAGGGUCCUGCCUUCUCCUCAGCGUGAGGCUACACAGGAUGGGGGGGGUCAAGGGUGGCAGGGAUGGGGACACUGGCUGCCAGAGGGACCCCAAAUGCACCCUCCAUUCACAAGACCUCCCCAUGCACCUCAACCCCACGUUUGUGUCCCCGAGCCCAAGCUCACAAUGAGACCUUUGGUCGUGGGGACAAAGGGACGCUUGGCCAUCCGCCCGCAGGAGGAACACAGGCCACGAGCAGGGCGCAGAGUACUUCCAAAACAAUCGUUGUAUCUUUAUUGACGCUCUGAAUGCAAUGACCUGUUUUUUACUCUUAAGGAAAAUAAACAUCUUUUAGAAACA